AUGUUCCGUUUAGUGUCAGUAGUUUUAAUUUUAACGUUAGUUUAUAACUGUGCAUGCCUGAGUAGCACUUUCGAUAGGCAUUUGUAUGAUUUAGUGUUGAAUUCGACGCAGUGCGAUGAGCAGUUGUAUUUCUUGGCAAAUAAUACCCUAAGAUGGAGAUUUCUUGAUGCCAGUGCUAAGGUUCCACCAGGAAUCUUGUCUGGAAACCUCAACGACCUUGGAGACUACUACCAAUGUCUCAGCAUAAAUCGUAACGUACAGGACAUGGAAAUCCAGGGGAAAUAUUGCACUGUGAUUAUACCAUUCGAUCAAAGGCCAGUCGAGGUGAAUUGGCCUUAUGCCGAUUUGGAUUUGCCAGAAAUUCCAUGGCCUGCUUCGAACAGCGAUAUGAAGAAAGACAUUGAGGAAUACUAUAAAUUAAGGAAGUGGGCUAUGAUGAUGACUGGAAUUGACAGAGAUAUUGAACCUGUUGAAGAUAUUGAGACCAGAGUGUUCCCAAUGAUGACCACCGCACAAAUUGGACCAACGUUUGCACUGUGCAUACCCAAAGUGUGUUCUAUAAAGCAGACGAUGGAUUUCAUCCAAGAACAGUUUCCCUGGUUUAAAAUGAGAUACACUGAAUCUUUUUGUCGUCUGCCGAAUGACAAACCACUGUCGCCUGCGGACAAAGUGGCCAUUACCAUCUUCUCAAUAAUUGGAUUCUUGAUAGUGAUCAGCACCUCCUACGAUUGUUACUGUGUAUUUGUUUUAAAGACAGAAGCGGAAGUUCUGUAUCGAGUGUUUUCUGUUUACACUAACACGAGGCGGUUUCUCACAUUCAAAUCUCAGCCUGGAGCCUUGGAAUGUGUGGAUGGCAUUCGAGCCAUUUCCAUGGCCUGGGUUGUUAUCGGACACACGUACGCUUUGACGUUACUCGGAUUUGUACACAACUUGAGAGAAACUAUGGAGUGGUUGCGUCAAUUUUCGAGUACAUGGGUAAACUCAGCACCACUCACUGUCGACACUUUCUUCUUGCUGAGUGGCUUGCUUGUUGUUUACACGACUAUUGGGAAAAUAAGCAGAGGUCGUUUCAUCAGAGCCCUACACGCGUUUUACAUCAAUCGUUUGCUACGAAUGUUUCCACUGCUGGCCACUGUGGUACUCCUACAAGCGUCAGUAUUCAACCAUGUAUCCGACGGUCCGUUCUGGCAGAACGUGGCUCUCGCUACUGAGAACUGCAGACAGUACUGGUGGUCAGCUUUGCUGCAUGUUCAGAAUUAUGUUAACAGCAGUCAAAUGUGUUUAACACACACUUGGUACUUAUCUGUGGACAUGCAACUGUACAUGGUCUGCCCUAUCAUCCUAUUGCUGAUGUUCGGUGAUAAGAAGAUAGCGUGUGUUGCACUCAGCGCUAUCCUUCUGCUCUCUCUUGUCUCCUCCAGUCUGUACAGCUUCUUGUUCAACUUCUCUGCAGCUCUUGCGCAUCCGGAUCGUAUAGGAGAGUUUGGGGAAUAUGCUAAACAUUAUUACUUCAAUACACUAGCCAGAGCGCCGCCAUUUUUUGUCGGCAUGAUAUUCGGAUAUUUACUGCACUUGUGGAGGGACAGAAGAAUUCGAAUCUCAAAGAUUAAUGUCAUCCUUCUGUGGAGUUUAUCGUUUGCAAUGAUGGCUUUCUGCAUAUUCAGUAUUUAUCCAGUAAUGCAGUUAGACCAUAACGCUCAGGUCUUUGACAAUUUCCUAAAUGCCUACAUGAGAACUAUAUGGGCGUGUGCAGUCGGCUGGUUGAUAUUUGCCUGCGUGAAGGGCUAUGGAGGACCAAUAAAUUGGUUUCUAUCUCUUCAAAUGUGGAAGCUACCAGCGCGGCUCUCCUACGCUAUGUACCUGAUUCAUUUCCCUAUCAUCAUGAUAGCCAAUGGUAGUUGGGUCAAAACCCACUAUUUCUCUAAUGGAGAUAAUUUGUACAGAUUCAUGGCGGUUCUGGUUUCGUACUUGGCUGCAUUCAUUCUCUGCAUAGCUAUAGACGCCCCGUUCUCCACGCUGCAGAAACUCUUAAUGGGCGGAGGUGGAAAAAGAAGGCCAGCCCAGAAGACAACUCCCGAGAUAAAUCAUGAUAUUCAACCUAAACCACAUUUGCCAUACGUCAUAGAACCUGUGGAUGCUAAAACUGCAUUAUAA